CAAUUGAGCCCAGAACCAAUAGAUAUGAUUUUAUGAACUACAAAACCCUAGGGUUAAAGCUCUCGCCUUCAUUCAACGCAGAAACGCCUCGAUAGCAGAGAACGACGCAUCUCAGCUUCUCAACAGCAGCGGAAUUCGGCGAUCUGCUUGAACCAUACCCAAAAUGGCGGACAAGGCAGUUACUAUCAGGACUAGGAAGUUCAUGACUAACCGUCUCCUCUCCAGGAAGCAAUUCAUCAUUGAUGUCUUGCAUCCAGGAAGGGCCAAUGUUUCUAAGGCUGAGUUGAAGGAGAAGUUGGCAAGGAUGUACGAGGUUAAGGACACAAAUGCCAUCUUUGUAUUCAAGUUCAGGACCCACUUUGGUGGUGGCAAAUCUACUGGUUUUGGGUUGAUCUAUGAUUCUGUUGAGAAUGCUAAGAAAUUCGAACCUAAGUACAGGCUAAUCAGGAAUGGUCUUGACACCAAGAUUGAGAAGUCAAGGAAGCAGAUGAAGGAAAGGAAGAACAGGGCGAAGAAAAUCCGUGGUGUCAAGAAGACCAAAGCCGGAGAUGCUGCUAAGGCUGGCAAAAAGAAAUAAGUUUGUGAUAUUUUACUUUUUUUUGUUUUGGAGUAGUGACGAUUUUCAUAUGACAGUAUAUUUUUGUUGUCUUAAGAGUUAAUUUAGCUACUCGUUUGAUGUGUUAAACCGGCACAGUAUUUUUGGAUUGCUACUUAAGUCUCGAACUCUUGCUUUUUUGUAUUCCAUCAGAUUAUUUUCUUCACACAUAAUUGUGACUAUAACGUCGGAAAGUUGCUAAA